CGCAGGAACAUCUUUUCAUACACAUGCGCGCGAUAUUAUUAAAAGAAGGAGGAGAUUCCAACCCAUUUGAAAGCAAAGAGGAAUAAUGCCUAAAGGAAAGAAGAGAAAUAAGAAACAAGAGGAUAAAGAAGAUAAAGCACAGAAAGAUGAUAAUGAAUUUACACCAGCCACUGACCCCAACACUCUCUCAACCUCAUCUUCUCUUCUCAUUUUAGGAAUGGGCGAAUUGGGACAGUUGGGAUUAGGGGAAGAUGUAAUAGAGAGGAAAAAAGCCACACCUGUGGGUGGAGUUUUGAAAGGAAAGAAGAUACUGCAAGUUGUGUGUGGAGGGAUACACACGGUUGCUCUUCUUGAUGGAGGAGAGGUGUUCACAUGGGGUUGUAAUGACGAAGGUGCUCUUGGUAGAUCAGUGAGCACUACUGAUGAGUAUACUCCUGGUGUUGUUAAGAAACUGAAAGGAUUCAACAUUACUCAAGUGUCAGCUGGUGACUGUCACACAGCUGCUCUCACUGAUAAUGGACACGUGUACUGUUGGGGUGUAUUUAGGGAUGCUGAUGGUCCUCUUGGUUUAGUAAACAGUAAGCCUGAGUUUGAGCCAGAGCUGGUGUACUCUAGUGCCUUUAAUAAAGCAAUCAAAGUUACCUCAGGCUCCAAUCACAUUGUCAUUCUCACAGAGCAUGGAGAUAUCUAUAGCUUUGGGUGUGGUGACAGUGGCCAGUUAGGGCGUGUCCCAGAGUGCUUCAGUACAAGAGGUGGGCGGAGAGGAAUCGGGUACCUCCUAGCCCCACAGAUAGUUCGGUUCCCGAAAAAAGGAAGACGAUUGACAGGAAAGGCUGGAGCUACCAAGAGCUUUAAAAUAUCUGAUGUAUACGCCGGAGAACAUUGUUCCUUUGCCAUUGGAAGUGAAGAUAGACAGAUAUACGUAUGGGGGCUCAACCACAGAGGCCAACUGGGCUUGGGGGAUCAAGAAUCUCGCUUUGUGCCGGAAAAAGUACCCGAAGAUUGGCUGUGGGACUGGGCCAAGAGCUCCAAACAAGAUAAGCAGUUGUUGAUCGCCGGGGGCGGAUCUCACUCACUCGUCUGCAACGACGGCCAUCUUUAUUCCAUGGGUGCCAACGAGUAUGGACAGCUAGGUUUGAAACAAAUUGAAAUGACGUCAAAACCAACUAAACUGAGCGGAAUAUCGGACGUGACUGACAUAGCCUGCGGUGGGAGGUGUUCGUUUGCUGUAACUAAAGAUGGGAAGGUAUUCUCAUGGGGUAUUGGAUCGAACUAUCAGUUGGGAUGUGGUCUCGAUGAAGAUGAUGUCUUUGAGCCGACUCCAAUGGUCGGGAAACACGUAGAGAAUGUCCUAAAAGUAUCGAGCGGAGGCCAGCACACUAGCUUAUUAGUAGACUGUAGUAAAUGAAACUUAGCCUUUCCUCAUUUUAUUUCUAUAGUGAAGUUGAAGUGAUUUUAAUUAAUAAUUAAUUCAAUAAAAA